UCGGCGGCCGCGAACGGCCGCUCCCCGCCGGGAUGCCGCUCGUGGUGUUGUGCGGGCUGCCGUACAGCGGCAGGAGCCGGCGCGCCGAGGAGCUGCGCGGGGCGCUGGCGGCCGAGGGCCGCGCGGUGUGCGUGGUGGACGACGCGGCGGUGCUGGGCGCGGAGGACGCGACCGUGUACGGCGACUCCGCCCGGGAGAAGGCGCUGCGCGGCGCCCUGCGAGCCGCGGUGGAGCGGCGCCUGAGCCGCCGCGACGUGGUCAUCCUGGACUCGCUUAACUACAUCAAGGGCUUCCGCUACGAGCUCUACUGCCUCGCGCGGGCGGCGCGCACCCCACUCUGCUUGGUGUAUUGCGUGCGGCCGGGCAGUGUGAGCGCGGGGCCUCGGGCGGCGGCGGACCCUGGCCGGAAUGGCGGUGCGGGUCAGAGGCCGCGCGCUGAGGACGGAGGGAGACCCCUGGCGGCGGGCGCCGCGGUCCGCAGGGAGCCCUGGGCCGCCGAGCCUCAGGAAGCGGAGCAGGAGACCGCGGCGCCCGCUCUCCCGGCUCUUGGGACUCCAGAAUUCGAAGAAUCUGCAAACCUCGGGUCCAGUGCGUCUUACCCCCCCGAGCUUAUGGAAGCCCUGAGGGUGCGCUUUGAGGCUCCAGACUCUCGGAACCGCUGGGACCGACCGCUGUUCACCUUGGUAGGCUUAGAGGCGCCGUUGCCCCUGGCCGAGAUUCGGGCUGCCUUGUUUGAGAACCAGGCCCCUCCGCCUCAUCAGUCUACACAGUCCCAGCCCCUUGCCUCCGGCAGCUUUUUGCACCAGUUGGAUCAGGUCACGAGCCAGGUGUUGGCGGGACUGAUGGAAGCGCAGAAGAGCGCGGUCCCUGGAGACCUGCUUAAGCUUCCUGGCACCACGGAGCACCUGCGGUUUACCCGGCCUUUGACCAUGGCAGAACUGAGUCGCCUCCGCCGCCAGUUUAUUUCCUAUACCAAGAUGCAUCCCAACAAUGAGAACCUGCCUCAGCUGGCCAACAUGUUUCUGCAGUAUCUGAGCCAGAGCCUGCACUAGGGGGGGGCGGGGGGGGGGCGUGGCUCCUCGUCUAACCUCCACUACCCUAAGUUUCUUGAUCGACUAAUUUCUUUAUUUUAAAAAAAAAUUUUUUUAAAUUUAUUUAUGAUACAGAGAGAGAGAGAGGCAGAGACAUAGACAGAGGGAGAAGCAGGCUCCAUGCACCGGGAGCCCGACGUGGGAUUCGAUCCCGGGUCUCCAGGAUCGCGCUCUGGGCCAAAGGCAGGCGCCAAACCGCUGUGCCACCCAGGGAUCCCUUGAUCGACUAAUUUCAGUGUCUGCAGGGCAUGUUGAUGUGUGGUGGCAGAGCUGCUGUGAUUGAUUUACUCACACUUUCCUCUGUGCUAGGCCUUGUGUUUACAGCAUAGAUUGAAACUAAAGAAAAGAGAGAACUGGCUCGGAGGAUCUUGGCAAAUUUCUCCAGGGGACAGUCAGGUGGACAGAGUUUGUUUAGAUUGGGUUCUACUUGACAUAUCAGACAUGGAUUUUCCCCAUCUGAACUGUGGGAGCACAGACUGGAUGGGUGGGUUGUCUUAAAACAGUUAUGAACAAAACCUGAAGAUGGCUCAGGUCUGCAUCUGUACUGGCCUUUCUUUCAUAUCAUAAUUUUUUGAGUACUCUGCCUACUUUUUGCUAAUCUUUCCCGGAGCCAAAGGUCACAGAUAUAUCCACGGGUUUCUGUGCUUGGGAAGCUUUGGUUUUGGUGGAAGUGAAAGACAACUACUAUUUCAUCUAAUAAAAUCUUUUAGGAGAAGAAA